CGAGACCGUGACCAAAUCUCGCGGGAUCUCCUCCUCUUCCUCUUUCCAGCUCCUCGGGCGACAUGGCAGUCGGUAAAAACAAGAGGCUGACCAAAGGAGGCAAAAAGGGGGCCAAGAAGAAGAUUGUGGACCCCUUCUCCAAAAAGGACUGGUAUGAUGUCAAGGCUCCAGCGAUGUUUAACAUUAGGAACCUGGGUAAAACCUUAGUUACAAGGACCCAGGGAACUAAAAUCGCCUCAGAAGGCUUGAAAGGCCGUGUAUUUGAGGUGAGUCUUGCCGACUUGCAGAAUGAUGAAGUGGCCUUCCGCAAAUUUAAGCUCAUCGUCGAGGAUGUUCAGGGCAAAAAUUGCCUGACCAACUUUCAUGGGAUGGACUUAACUCGUGAUAAGAUGUGCUCUAUGGUCAAAAAGUGGCAGACCAUGAUUGAAGCUCAUAUUGAUGUCAAAACUACAGAUGGGUACCUUCUGCGCCUCUUCUGUGUAGGCUUUACUAAGAAGCGCAACAACCAGAUCCGUAAAACCUCCUAUGCUCAGCACCAGCAGGUUCGUACAAUCCGCAAGAAGAUGGUAGAAAUAAUGACUCGUGAAGUUCAAACCAACGAUCUCAAGGAGAUAGUCAACAAGUUGAUCCCAGACAGCAUUGGGAAGGAUAUUGAGAAAGCUUGCCAAUCCAUUUAUCCGCUCCAUGAUGUAUAUGUCCGGAAAGUCAAGAUGUUGAAGAAGCCCAAAUUUGAAUUGGGCAAACUGAUGGAGCUGCAUGGUGAAGGAGGAAGUGGUGCAAGUAAACCAUCAGGUGAAGAGACUGGUGCUAAAGUAGAUCGAGCUGAUGGAUAUGAACCCCCUGUCCAAGAAACUGUCUGAAUAUGUAUAAUAAAACAUCUCUUUUA